GAAAUAUGAACUCCCUAACAGGCAGGAGUGUGUCGCUUGGCAGACGCAUGACAGCGGGCACUAUGAGGGUCCUCGCGGGCGCAACGGGCCACCCUGACACCGUGGCCCGUGCGACCUGCCUCGAGGCAGUCAGAGUGUGUCACUCUGGCUCGAGCCGAAAGGGCAGCGUCAACACCAAGAAGCGCGGCUAUGACAUCACCAGAAACCCCCACCUGAACAAGGUAAAACCCUAGACCUCUACAGACAGUCCAGUGCCAUCAGAUGAAAAGCCACUGCUCUCGUUUAGAAAAUCUAGAUUAUAGGUUGCUUUACAAAGGGUAAAGAUGCACCGUACACUACACAGGUGAUCUUCUAAGGCAGCACAGGUGUCACAAAGUUAAAGUGUGUGUGGCUAGUUGAUGCAUAGUAUCUCUGAUAUGUGCACUAUCUAGAAUAAGAUGUGUAGGAGUUUAGUGAGGGAGAGUGUUCUGUUCAUGUGCAAUAUGCCACGUGUGUGCGUCAGAGAGCCAGGGUACAGUAUUUGUUUAUAUUAAUGGUCCGUACCCAGGUUAAAAAUACAUGCUGUUGAGAAGUCAUAGUUAAAGGGAUACUUCCCCAGUGUCAGAUGAACUCGUGGAUACCAUUUUUAUGUCUGUCUCCAGUAUGAAGGAAGUUGGAGGUAGUUUUGCGGACCAAUGCUAACUAGCGUUCGUGCAAUGACUGGAAGUCUAUGGAUAUAGUCAUUGCGCAAAAGCUAGUUAGCAUUGGCUUGCAAAACUACCUGUAGAUAUCAGGCCAAUCAAAGUUCCCAUUCAAAGUUCCCAUUGAUAAGAGAGCUUUAGGUUAAGGGGGUGUCUAUUGUGGCUGUCUGGUGUGGGACGUCGUAGUAACAUAGACAUAAAGGGUGAAGAGUGAAAUGCUAGUAUGGUUCAGGUUCUGAUUCUGAUAUUGUUUGCCCCUUCAGAUGUAGGUUCAAUUGGGCCCUGGGAUCUCUAUAGCCCGGUCCAAAAUGGGCCAUGUGACACACACCUCUUCAGGUUAUUCUAGGUCAUUGUGUUGAAGCCAAUGAGACUAAACUGGACAGGAAGUGUCCAUUGUUAAAACUGCUAUUCUGCACUUUCUAUGUGAGCAAAACAUGAUUUAAAAAACACUCAAAGCACCUGAUGGCCUUUUUAGACUGCCUGUUUUGUACACCAGACGUUUUCAUAUUAUAGGGCAUAGGUCUAUAUGUUAAUGUUAAUCAGAACAUGUGUUUUUAGCCUGCUCUUUGCAUUACCCACCUCUCUCUCCAUCUACUUAUCUAUCUAUCUAUCUAUCUAUGAAGGUGUAAUUGCCGUGACUACAUUUUUACAUUUUACAUUUUAGUCAUUUAGCAGACGCUCUUAUCCAGAGCGACUUAGUUAGUGAGUGCCUACAUUUUCAUACUAGUCAGCUGUGCUUCCUUAAUGGGUUUACUUUAGGGCCUCCUUAACUGCUCUCUAUCUCACAGGGUUACUUUAACUCUGUUAAUCUGUGUGUGUGUAUGUGUGUCAGAUUGAUAUAUAAGUGUGCGAAUAAUGUAUUUCCAUCUUGUGGUUGAAUUACUUAUGUGUUUGUUUGCACUUAAUUUCAUUUUUUGUGAAUUUAAGUUGUAGAAAGGGACCAAUAUAUGACCUUUCAUCCUCUAGGCUACUGUUCCAAAGUCUGCUCUCAAUUAUGAUCAUUAAUCUCUAACACAGUCCCAUUCACCCCUCAGCGUAUUGAAGGAUUUGCCAAGGAUAUAUUACUGGACAUUUUAUAUCACCAGUUAUCAAACAAUUUUAACAAUCACACCAUCAAACAGUUCUUAGAUUCCUGAAACAAUGCACUCAAGUUCAAAUUCCCCACUAAAAUUAGGUUCCAUAGCAGAUACCCAUAGACUUCCAGUCAUUGCACUAACACUAGUUAGCAUUGGCUUGUGAAACUACCUCUAACUUCCUUCAUACUGGACACAGACACAUAAAAAUGGUAUCCACGAGUUCAUCUGACUCUGGGGAAAAUCCCCUUUAACAUCACGUAGUAGGAGAGAGUAGCAAUUUAUCCGCCAUUGAAAUCCUUGGGCAGGCCAUCUAAGCAUUUUUUCAGGGCACCUAAAUCCAAACAGUGUAAAAAAACAAACACAUAUAAUGUAUGUAGAAAAUAUUAUGGACAAGAAAGUAUUCACACCCCUUGACUUUUUCCACAUGUUGUUGUGUUACAGUCUGAAUGUAAACUUGAUUUAAAUUGAUAUUUUGUGUCACUGGCCUACACACAAUACCCCAUAAUGUCAAGGUGAAAUUGUGUUUUUAAAGCCUAAAUAAGUUCAGGAGUAAAAAUGUGCAUAACAAGUCACAUAAUAAGUUGCAUGGACUCACUCUGUGUGCAAUAAUAGUGUUUAACAUGGUGACGUUAUUAAUUACAAUUGGGAUGGUGUAGCAAUACACCCAUUCCCUACAAAGAUACAGGUGUCCUUCCUCGGUUGCCGGAGAGUUAGGAAAGCACUCAGGGGAUUUCAGUAUGAGGCCAAUGGUGACUUUAAAACAGUUACAUGGCUGUGAUAGGAGAAAACUGAGGAUGGAUCAACAACAUUUUAGUUACUCUACAAUACUAACCUAAAUGACAGAGUGAAAAGAAGAACUUGUACAGAAUACAAAUAUUCAAAACCAUGCAUCAUGUUUGCAAAAAGGCACUAAAGUAAUACUGUAAAACAUGUGGCAAAGGAAUUACCUUUUUGUCCUGAAUACAAAGUGUUUGGGGCAAAUUCAAUACAACACAUUACUGAGUACCACUCUCCAUAUUGGCUGCAUCAUGUUAUGGGUAUGCUUGUAAUCGUUAAGGACUGGGGAUUUUUUCAGGAUGAAAAAAUAAACGGAAUGGAGCUAAGCACAGGCAAUAUCCUAGAGGAAAACCUGGUUCAGUCUGCUUUCCACCAGACACUGGGAGAUGAAUUCACCUUUCAGCAGGACAGUAACCAAAAAACGACACUGGAGUUGCUUACCAAGAAGACAGUGAAUGUUCCUGAGUUAAAAUAUUACAAUAAUGCAACAUCCAUGUAAAUGUGCCGGGGUUAGCCAAAAGCUAAUUUACACCCGUGGUCCCAGGGCAGGUAAGGGCAAUUACACAGCCACAAUACAAAUACUCACUAAAACAAUACAAAAUAUAAAUAUAUUACAUCCAAUAAUAUAUCAUUCUAACAACAACAACAAUUUAUUCGUAAUAAAAACACUAUCAUCAACUGUUGUCUUUACAUAUGAGGAACCACAGAUAAUUCAUGUGUACAGGUUUGGAUAGAUUUGAUCCAUGUUUUCAAUUUAAAUUUAAAAGUACAAUAAUCAGUGCAAGUUCUCAAGUCCCUAGGCAUUGCAUUCCAGUAUAUUGUAGCUCUAACAGAGAAGGCCAAUUUGAUCGAAUUUACUGUGUCGAAAAGGGACAAUGCAAUCCCCUCUAGUUACUUCCCUUGCUAUCCUGGAGGUGCUUUCCUUGAGCAUGAUAUGCCGGCAUAGGGGUGGAGGGGCAAGACCAUGCAGAUCUUAAAGACUUAAUUUCAUGGAGAAAUUAGUAGAAUUGUACAAAAUUGGCUUCAAAAUUAUACGAUUUCUCUACACCGCCAAGAUGGGGACCUCUAAAAUGUUCUCUUAAAUUCAGCCUCACCAACAUUGCAACGCCCCCUGCCACGCCCACCACCUAAGUCCCUUUUUGAUCCAGAAAACCCCCGGAGAUUGUCACUGUGAUUAACAUAUUAGCCGUUUAUUAUUAAUGGACCAAACCCCAGGUGCAAGUGUCACAUUAGACUAUCACAACUUGACAUAGUGACACUACAAUAGUGGUACAUUUACAGUAGCAAGUUCCUGAAAACGUUUUAAAAUGCGAUUUAUUUCCAUGACGCACCUCUUGCUUUCAGAAUAAUUAUUUCCAUUGAAGAAAGAAAGAAGAGGUAGAGCGAGUGUGUGAGAAAGAGGGAACGCCAGAAUACUGACAUGACAGAGUAGUGGCACUAACCACAACCAGACCACAAAGUCGGGGUCCGGUCAGCCCACUGAGCAACUAUAUGAAUUUCCCUUCAUGCAAUGACCUAAUUAAAGGAAUGCUCAAGACAUGAUCAGAACCACAACACAGCUAACGAUCUAAAGCUUCUCUAUUGAAGACAAUAAUUGUAAAGGCCUGAUAACUGGGUGUUUAUGUGAACCAGAGCUAGCUAGAUCAAUGCUAGCUAGACCAAUGCUACAACAUUGGAUGGUGUCUGUGACACAGAGCGAUCGUUGACCCUUAUGUUGGAUGUGUGCUCCUCCAAUCUUCUGCAGGGCAUGGCCUUCACCCUGCAGGAGCGCCUGCAGCUGGGCAUCCACGGCCUGCUGCCCCCCGUCUACCUCUCCCAGGAUGUCCAGGUGCUCCGCAUCAUGAAGAGCUACGAGGGCCGCAACCCCCUCGACAAGUGAGCACACACACUCUGAUACAAAUAAAACACACACACAACACACAUAGUGUAUGAUGGCUAAAAAUACACAGAAAUACAGUAGCUUUCCUCCCUCUCUUAUCACUUACUGCUCUCUGUUUCACCUUGUCCUACAUCUCCUUCUGUUCUCUCUUUCCUCUCUCUCUCUCUCCAUUUCCAACUCUCUCAAUCUCUCACCAUUUCUCUCUCUCGGUCUCUCUCUCUCUCUUCCUCUAUCUCUCUCUCUCUCAGGUACAUCUUGCUGAUGACUCUGCAGGACAGGAAUGAGAAGUUAUUUUACCGCCUGCUGACGUCUGAUGUAGAGGAGUUCAUGCCCAUCGUCUAUACCCCCACUGUAGGGCUGGCCUGCCAACAGUAUGGACUGGCCUUCAGGAGACCACGGUAGGCAUGAAACGCACGCACACACACACGCACACACAGUGAAUUGUUGUGUGAUGAUAGUGGCUCAGUGGUUCUGAAGUGUUAGCAUGUAUCCCACAGAGGUCUCUUCAUCACCAUCCAUGAUAAAGGCCACAUUGCCACCAUGCUCAACUCCUGGCCUGAGGAGAACAUCAAGGUAAGGAGUACCUAACACACACACUUUACUCCGUGGUACAGGAUGUUGACAUAAGGAUGUAAACAGCAUAAGGCUCCCAUAGGUGGAGACUACAAGUUUCACCAUGUGAACCAAACCAUGUGUGUGUAUCCCCAGGCCAUUGUGGUGACGGACGGAGAGCGUAUCCUGGGUCUGGGCGACCUGGGCAGCUACGGCAUGGGCAUCCCCGUGGGUAAACUGGCCCUGUACACGGCCUGCGGAGGAGUGCCACCCCAGCAGUGUCUGCCAGUUCUGCUGGACGUAGGCACCGACAACCAGGUACUUCUACCGGGACACUCCAUCAGGAAACACCCAGGCCUGAUGGACCUCCGUAGGCCAAUAUCAUGGUCCUUAUCAUUUGAUCCAGCCAUAUAGAAGAAAAAAAGUAUCUUACCUAUGCUAAAUGACUUAAAUGUAAAUGAACUAAAUAUGCUGCUGGAAGUUGUAUGGCAGUGAGAUCUAAGUAGGCUCAAGGUAAGAAUACAAUAAUUUAGGGAUUCACCAAGAUUGCAUAACAGUGUUGUUCAAUUCCAAAUGGACCCCUAGCCCCUCCCCCCCUAUCCCCUCCUGUAGCUCUGAAGGGGUUGGACAGGUGCUAGAUGUUGAUUUGGAAUUCAGGGCUCCACUAUCACUUAGUUACUUCACUUAGUUACUUCCCUUAUUUCCUAGAGGCCCUCGUCAUAGAGCUUGAGGGUGACAUUUUAUCUUUGAUCAGGCACUCCUGGAAGACCCCCUGUACAUCGGCCUGAAGCACAAGAGGAUCAGAGGAAAGGAGUACGAUGACCUCAUCGAUGAGUUCAUGCAGGCAGUUACUGACAAGUGGGUAGUGUGUGUGUGUGUGUGUGUGUGUGUGUGUGUGUGUGUGUGUGUGUGUGUGUGUGUGUAAUUUGACCAUCAGACCGACUGUUCACUGCUCCACGCUGCAGGUACGGAAUGAACUGUCUGAUCCAGUUUGAGGACUUUGCCAACUCCAACGCCUUCCGCCUCCUCAACAAAUACCGCAACCACUACUGCACCUUCAACGACGACAUCCAAGGUAACUCUCUCUCUUUCUCUUUGUCCCUGUCGAAAAUCUACUCGCACUCCAUACCCCCUAUUUGCUAUAUGGAUUACUGAUGCCCUCCUGUGGUCUUAGUCAGAGACACAUUAUAGAGUUUUGUGUACUGUUGAAAGAUGGAUGUGCAAAACCAUUCUGACUUCCGAGCACAACUGUAAAAACCCAUCCCUUGUGUUUCUCACCCUCUCCCUUCUUUCUCCUGUGCUUGUCUCUUUCUCUCCCUGUCUCAUUCACUCUCUCCCUCUCCCAGGCACAGCCUCAGUAGCAGUAGCUGGGGUCUUGGCUGCUCUGAAGAUUACCAAGAACAAACUGUCAGACCACACCUUUGUGUUCCAGGGGGCAGGGGAGGUAAGAGGACAAACGUGCUGAUCUGUGUUAAUUAUAAACUCCAAAACUUGUUAACGUUUGGAAACCUCACUCUCUUGAAUCAAGCCUUGAAAGAUAACACAAGCAUGCAGAUGAAAUGGCUUGAUAAUCAUCAUGUUGCAUGGCAGUGAUUGGGUAGAUUGCUUGGUAGCAGGAUGCAUCAUGUCUUGGAAAAAGUACCCAAUUUGUCAUACUUGAGUAAAAGUAAAGAUACCUUAAUAGAAAAUGACUCAAGUAAAAGUGAAAGUCACCCAGUAACAUACUACUUGAGUAAAAGUGUUUGGUUUUAAAUAUACUUAAGUAUCAAAAGUAAAUGGAAUUGCUUAAAUAUACUAAAGUAUCAAAAGUAUAAGUUAUUCAAGGUCCUUAAGCGGACCAGACGGCAUCAUUUUAUUUUUUUAUUUUAUUUACGGAUAGCCAGGGUCACACUCCGACAUAAUUUACAAACGAAGCAUGUGUGUUUAGUGAGUCCGCCAGAUCAGAGGCAGUAGGGAUGACCAGGGAUGUUCUCUUGAUACGUGCGUGAAUAUGACCAUUUUCAUGUCCUACUAAGUAUUCAAAAUGUAAUAAGUACUUUUGGGUAUCAGGGAAAAUGUAUGGAGUAAAAAGUAUGUUUUUUUUCUUUAGGAAUGUAGUGAAGUAAAAGUUGUAAAAAAUAGAAAUAGUGAAGUACAGAUACCCCCAAAACUACUUAAGUAGUACUUUAAAGUAUUUUUAUUUAAGGACUUUACCACUGCUUUUUUUUACCCAGGCUGCACUGGGCAUCGCCCACCUGCUAAUCAUGGCCAUGGCGAAGGAGGGCGUGUCAGCCACGGAAGCCGCAAAGAAGAUCUGGAUGGUCGACUCCAGGGGCCUCAUCGUCAAGGUAACGGCAAUACCAUAAUAUCAUAGCUAACCUCCUAAUACACUUGAAUAGCUUCAAAACACUGAUCUGAUCAGCCUUCUCCUGAGCUGUCCACCAAGACAUGGGUCGUGUUCAGUAGGAUGCAAUGUUACAGAACUUUCAGAUAGAAAUAUCAUGUAGAUCAGUUAUGCUGCACUGUCAUGUAGAAUAGGGAAUAAUGUCAGUCAGUUCUAUGGGCAACGUUCAGAACGUUACCCCCUCCUGAACUGGAUCCAGUUGUAUGUCAGACUGACGUUUCCAUGGUGUGACCCACAGGGCAGAGGAAACCUGAACCAUGAGAAGGAGGAGUUUGCCCACGACCACGCCCAUAUCAAGACCCUGGAGGAGGUGGUGCACACCGUCAAGCCCACUGCCAUCAUCGGUCAGUCACCAUGAUCACUUAUUGGCUAACCUGUGUAACUAGGGCUCAUCUGUCAUGGACUCUAGGCACAAAACUUCUUCAGAAUGUUUCUUUAGAAAUGGACCAGAAAUGGACACUGGACAGAUAAUCAACAUUGCAGAGCAUCUCAGGAAGAUAUGCUUGUUUUGUUCUCACACUCAGUACUCUUUCCUGUGUGCAGGAGUGGCGGCCAUCGGAGGGGCUUUUACUGAGAAUAUCAUCAAGGACAUGGCGUCCUUCAACGAGAGGCCCAUCAUCUUCGCCCUGAGCAACCCCACCAGCAAGGCAGAGUGCACCGCCGAGCAGUGCUACCAACUAACCGAGGUACUGAAACUCUGACCCUAACCUAGAGAAUAGACAUUCACUUACUGUUCCCUUGUUUGAGUGCCAAUCAAUGUGCGCUUACUAAAUAUCCUUGCUGUCAUAGAAAUAGAAUGAUCUGAAAUAGAAUGAAUGCUCUCUCUCUUUGCCUCUUUUGCUCCCUCUCUCACUUUCUGUCUCGCUCGCUCCCUCUCUCCCAGGGGCGGGGCAUCUUUGCAAGUGGCAGCCCCUUUAAUAAGGUGACCCUGGCUGACGGGCGCUCCUUCAUCCCCGGCCAGGGGAACAACGCUUACGUGUUCCCUGGCGUGGCGUUGGGGGUCAUCGCCUGCGGGGUGCGCCAAAUCUCUGACGACAUCUUCCUCACCACAGCCGAGGUAACUGUUUGUCUUUUAAUUUGACAUUUUCAAAUAAAGACAUAAAACAUUCGUAAAACAUUUCAACUAAAGACAUACAAACAUUCCCAAACAGUAGAGGUAAAGGGUGCGUGUAAUACUUAUCAAUCCAAUUAUCUAAUACUAUUGUUGAAGUUGAAUAAUAUAAUAUUAGUUUCAAUUUCAACAUUUUCUGAUCCACUUGUAAAAUUGAAACAGUUUCUAUUUCUAAUUUUUCUACCCUGUAAAAAUGAAAUGUUGAUAUUAUUUUUCCAAUUUUCUAAUUUACCUUGUGUCGUUUGAAAAAUGAAAGUAGAAAUAUUGGUGCGGUUGGAAAACUGGGUGAUUUCUAAAUACGUGGUUAAAGUGUGCAGGGAGACACAUCCAAAAUGCUAAAUGAAUGAGAGGCGAGGUUUGGCGCACAUGCACGUAUAACCGGCGUCACUGUGCACACACACACACCAAUUUCCCCUUGGCAACUUCAGACUAUUGGCAUACACUCUAGUAAAACGGCCAUGAUGCGUUAUGAGCACAACCAAAUGAAGAAACUCUCUUGUCACUGACUGCGAAGAGACCUACGUCUGAGUCCCUGUCAGUCUGCCCUCCGAAUUCACUGCAACGUUCUGCUGCGUAGCCUAGACGAACAGCUAGGCCUAAAUUAUGAAAGGGAUGUUCAGAAUAGGGGGAGGGAACAAAACAUCUGUGCGUAAUUGCAAAUAAUGACCUUAUCAAUGGUGCUUAACUAACAGUAAUUCCCCCUUAUGGCAACUAUCCUUUUAACGACUGUAGGUUAAUUAUCUUGGGAUCCUGGAGACCAGGAGCUAUGAGUGUGUAUGUGUCCCAUGUCGAGCUGCCCUCCAAAUUUGCUACAACAUCGCUAUUUUGCAGCCCAUACUAAACCUACAACGGCCCACUAGAUUGAGGACCCAUAACAUGUAGGAUAACAGUAGGUUACAGUGGGCAAGUGAAAGUAAAUUAGACUAGCAUAUCGGCAUUAUAGGCCUAUCCAACGGCUGCGGGAGGAGUGAAGCAGGGAUUUUACGGAAACGUGUCUGUGGGAGGAAAGGCAACUCAAGGACCACACCUGCAAAGUAGCAAAUAGGCACUCUUUCAAUAUACUGUGCGUAUUCAGACCCCUUCCCUUUUUCCAUAUUUUGUUACAUUACAGCCUUUUUCUAAAAUGGAUUAGAUUACAUUUUUUCGUCAUCAAUCUACACACAAUACUCCAUAAUGACAAAGCGAAAACAGGUUUUUAGAUUUUUUUGCAAGUCUAUUAAAAAUAUUAAACAUAAAUACCUUAUUUACAUAAGUAUUCACACCCUUUGCUAUGAGACUCAAAAUUGAGCUCAGGUGCAUCCUGUUUCCAUUGAUCAUCCUUGAGAUGUUUCUACAACUUGAUUGGAGUCCACCUGUGGUAAAUUCAAUUGAUUGGACAUGAUUGGGAAAGGCACACACCUGUCUAUAUAAGGACCCACAGUUGACAGUGCAUGUCAGAGCAAAAAACAAGACAUGAGGUUGAAGGAAUUGACCAAGAUGCUCCGAGACAGGAUUGCGUCGAGGCACAGAUCUGGGGAAGGGUACCAAAAAAUGUAUGCAGCAUUGAAGGUUCACAAGAACACAGUGGCCUCUAUCAUUCUUAAAUGGAAGAAGUGUGGAACCACCAAGACUCUUCCUAGAGCUGGCCGCCCAGCCAAACUGAGCAAUCGGGGAAGAAGGGCCUUGGUCAGGGAGGUGACCAAGAACCCGAUGGUCACUCUGACAGAGCUCCAGAGUUCCUCUGUGGAGAUGGGAGAACCUUCCAGAAGGACAACCAUCUCUGCAGCACUCCACCAAUCAGGCCUUUAUGGUAGAGUGGCCAGACGGAAGCUACUCCUCAGUAAAAGGCACAUGACAGCUUGCUUGGAGUUUGCCAAAAGGCACCUAAAGGACUCUCACCUAAAGAUUCUCUGGUCUGAUGAAACCAAGAUUUAACUCUUUGGCCGGAAUGCCAAGCGUCACAUCUGGAGGAAACCUGGCACCAUCCCUACGGUGAAGCAUGGUGGUGGCAGCAUCAUGCUGUGGGGAUGUUCUUCCGUGACAGGGACUGGGAGACUAGUCAGGAUCAAGGGAAAGAUGAACGGAGCAAAGUAGAGCGCAAUCCUUGAUGAAAACCUGCUCCAGAGCGCUCAGGACCUCAGACUGGGGCAAAGGUUCACCUUACAACAGGACAAAGACCCUAAGCACACAGCCAAGACAAAGCAGGAGUGGCUUCGGGACAAGUCUCUGAAUGUCCUUGAGUGGCCCAGCCAGAGCCCAGACUUGAACCCCAUCGAACAUCUCUGGAGAGACCUGAAAAUAACUGUGCAGCGAAGCUCCCCAUCCAAUUUGACAGAGCUUGAGAGGAUCUGCAGAGAAGAAUGGGAGAAACUCCCCAAAUACAGAUGUGCUAAGCUUGUAGAUGGGAUAUUUUAUUUUUAAUACAUUUGCAAAAAUGUCUUAACCUGUUUUUGCUUUGUCAUUAUGGGGUAUUGUGUGUAGAUUGAUAAAAAAUAUAUAUACAGUUAGGGGAAAAAAGUAUUUGAUCCCCUGCUGAUUUUGUACGUUUGCCCACUGACAAAGAAAUGAUCAGUUUAUAAUUUUAAUGGUAGGUUUAUAUGAACAGUGAGAGACAGAAUGACAACAACAAAAAUCCAGAAAAACGCAUGUAAAAAAUGUUAUAAAUUGAUUUGCAUUUUAAUGAGGGAAAUAAGUAUUUGACCCCUCUGCAAAACAUGACUUAGUACUUGGUGGCAAAACCCUUGUUGGCAAUCACAGAGGUCAGACGUUUCUUGUAGUUGGCCACCAGGUUUGCACACAUCUCAGGAGGGAUUUUGUUCCACUCUUCUUUGCAGAUCUUCUCCAAGUCAUUAAGGUUUCGAGGCUGACGUUUGGCAACUCUAACCUUCAGCUCCCUCCACAGAUUUUCUGUGGGAUUAAGGUCUGGAGACUGGCUAGGCCACUCCAGGACCUUAAUGUGCUUCUUCUUGAGCCACUCCUUUGUUGCUUUGGCCGUGUGUUUUGGGUCAUUGUCAUGCUGGAAUACCCAUCCACGACCCAUUUUCAAUGCCCUGGCUGAGGGAAGGAGGUUCUCACCCAAGAUUUGACGGUACAUGGCCCCGUCCAUCGUCCCUUUGAUGCGGUGAAGUUGUCCUGUCCCCUUAGCAGAAAAACACCCCCAAAGCAUAAUGUUUCCACCUCCAUGUUUGACGGUGGGGAUGGUGUUCUUGGGGUCAUAGGCAGCAUUCCUCCUCCUCCAAACACGGCGAGUUGAGUUGAUACCAAAGAGCUCCAUUUUGGUCUCAUCUGACCACAACACUUUCACCCAGUUCUCCUCUGAAUCAUUCAGAUGUUCAUUGGCAAACUUCAGACGGGCAUGUAUAUGUGCUUUCUUGAGCAGGGGGACCUUGCGGGCGCUGCAGGAUUUCAGUCCUUCACGGCGUAGUGUGUUACCAAUUGUUUUCUUGGUGACUAUGGUCUCAGCUGCCUUGAGAUCAUUGACAAGAUCCUCCCGUGUAGUUCUGGGCUAAUUCCUCACCGUUCUCAUUAUCAUUGCAACUCCACGAGGUGAGAUCUUGCAUGGAGCCCCAGGCCGAGGGAGAUUGACAGUUCUUUUGUGUUUCUUCCAUUUGCGAAUAAUCGCACCAACUGUUGUCACCUUCUCACCAAGCUGCUUGGCGAUGGUCUUGUAGCCCAUUCCAGCCUUGUGUAGGUCUACAAUCUUGUCCCUGACAUCCUUGGAGAGCUCUUUGGUCUUGGCCAUGGUGGAGAGUUUGGAAUCUGAUUGAUUGAUUGCUUCUGUGGACAGGUUUCUUUUAUACAGGUAACAAGCUGAGAUUAGGAGCACUCCCAUUAAGAGUGUGCUCCUAAUCUCAGCUCGUUACCUGUAUAAAGGUCACCUGGGAGCCAGAAAUCUUUCUGAUUGAGAGGGGGUCAAAUACUUAUUUCCCUCAUUAAAAUGCAAAUCAAUUUAUAACAUUUUUGACAUGCGUUUUUCUGGAUUUUAUUUGUUGUUAUUCUGUCUCUCACUGUUGAAAUAAACCUACCAUUAAAAUUAUAGACUGAUCAUUUCUUCGUCAGUGGGCAAACGUACAAAAUCAGCAGGCGAUCAAAUACUUUUUUCCCUCACUGUAUGUGAAUAUAUAUAUAUAUAUAUAUAUAUAUAUAUAUAUAUAUAUAUAUAUAUAUAUAUAUAUAUAUAUAUAUAUAUAUCAUUUUUAGAAUAAAGCCGUAACGUAACAAAAUGUGGAAAAAGUAAAGGGGCCUGAAUACUUUCCGAAUGCACUGUAUUCAUGGAUGGAUUCUCCCUUUCUUGAAAUAAUCAUUGAUCUAAAUAAAUACAGUGGGCUCCAAAAGUAUUGGGACAGUGACACAUUUGUUGUUGUUUUGGCUAUGUACUUCAGGGCUUUGGAUUUGAAGUGAUAUGAUGGCUAUGAGGUUAAAGUGCAGACUGUCAGCUUUAUUUUAGGGGUAUUUCAUCCAUAUCGGGUGAACUGUUUAGAAAUUACAGCACUUUUUGUACAUAGUCCCCCCAUUUUAGGGAACCAAAAGUAUUGGGACAAAUUCACUUAUGUGUAUUACAUUUGUCCAAAGUUUAGUAUUUGGUCCCAUAUUCAUAGCACACAAUGACUACAUCAAGCUUGUGACUACAAACUUGUUGGAUGCAUUUGCUGUUUGUUUUGGUUGCGUUUCAGAUUAUUUUGUGCCUAAUAGAAAUGAAUGGUAAAUAAUGUAUUGUCAUUUUGGAGUCACUUUUAUUGUAAAUAAGAAUAUAAUGUUUCUAAACACUUCUACAUUAAUGUGGAUGCUACAAUGAUUAAGGAUAAUCCUGAAUGAAUCGUGAAUAAUGAUGAAUGAGAAAGUUAAAGGAAUAAAUAUCAUACCCCCCAAGAAAAUGCUAACCUUCCCUGUUAUUGUAAUGGUGAGAAGUUAGCGUGUCUUGGGGGCAUGAUAUGUGUCUAACUUUCUCACUCAUCAUUAUUCACGAUUCAUUCAGGAUUAUCCAUAAUCAUGGUAGCAUCCACAUUAUUGUAGAAGUGUUUAGAAACAGUCUGCACUUUAACCUCAGUCAUUGUAUCAUUUCAAAUCCAAAGUGCUGGAGUAUAUAGCCCUUAUUUCUUUACUCCUCUUUUUCAUUUCCUGUUUCUCUCUCUCUCUCAGGCGAUAGCUGACAUGGUAACAGAGGAGCACCUGGCUGAGGGAAGACUCUACCCUCCACUCAACAGCAUCAGAGAGGUGUCCUUUAAGAUCGCUGUCAAGGUUAGAGACUGACACCACCCCACAAACCAUCAAUACCAGUAUUACAUUCCCACAUCCACACAGAUUUGUUACUGCAGAGAAAGACACUUUCUCCAUGUCAAUACAUCAGCGCUCUGUGUAACUAAUUUAUCUUUCUCUCUACCCAUCUCUCAGGUGGUGGACUAUGCGUACAGACACAACAUCGCCUCCCUGUACCCGGAGCCCAAGGACAAGGAGGCGUUUGUGCUCUCCCAUGUCUACAGCCCCAACUACGACUCCUUCGUCCAGGACACCUACGACUGGCCCCAGGACGCCAUGAAAGUCCAGGACGUG